GUGCAACUUAGCAAAGGGUCCCAUUAAUUCAAGCUCUGUUCAUAAUAAUAAGUCACUCUCCAAAAGACCUUUUUAUCAACAUCACACACACACACACCUUCCCCUUUUCCCCAUACAUGAAGAAAUGGACGGUUCAUGGAGCAUGAAAGCAAAACACCCCAAACCCUCCUAUUCAAUUCAAUCUUCUCCAUCCCUCUUUAUAUAUAUGUUCCUAUACUCCUAAAUUCCUACAUAACAACCUAAAGCUAGCUAAGGAUACAUAUUUGGUAUUCUAGACUAUCCUUACAAAGCAAAUAAUAGAGGGCGUUGGGUGAUGGUUGGGAGGUCUAUUUUCUCUGUCCUUAAAUAUCCAUCUCCUUAACCAAACCCACUUGCAACUUCUGCAACUCUUCCUGUUGCCAUUUCAACCAAAAGAUCACUCAACUCAACAACUAACAGAAAAACCAAAAUUCAACUUGGGGGUUUUUGCCAUUUUUUUUUUCCAUCUUUGCAACAAUGGAGUUCCCAAAUCAAGCACCUGAGAGCUCUUCCCAAAGAAAAAUUGGAAGAGGCAAGAUUGAGAUUAAGCGGAUCGAAAACACUACAAAUCGACAAGUCACCUUCUGCAAGCGCCGCAACGGUUUGCUUAAGAAAGCCUAUGAGUUAUCUGUUCUGUGUGAUGCUGAAGUUGCUCUUAUUGUCUUCUCUACCCGUGGCCGCCUGUAUGAGUAUGCUAACAACAGCGUUAGAGCAACGAUUGAUAGGUACAAAAAAGCAUGUACUGAUUCUACGAAUGGUGGAUCUGUUUCUGAAGCUAACACUCAGUUUUAUCAGCAGGAAUCAUCUAAAUUACGAAGACAGAUUCGCGAAAUCCAGAACUCAAACAGGCAUAUACUGGGUGAAGCUCUUAGCACUUUGAACAUCAAGGAACUCAAGAACCUAGAAGGAAGACUGGAGAAAGGGAUCAGCAGGAUAAGAUCCAAAAAGAACGAAAUGCUGUUUGCUGAAAUCGAAUUUAUGCAAAAGAGGGAGAUGGAGCUGCAAAACCAUAACAAUUAUCUGAGAGCAAAGAUAGCUGAAAAUGAGAGGGCACAACAGCAGCAAACAAAUAUGAUUCAAGGAACUUCUUAUGAUCAGUCAAUGCCUUCACAGUCAUACGACAGGAACUUCCUCCCUGUAAUCUUGGAGGCGAAUAAUAAUAAUAAUAACCAUUACUCUCGCCAUGACCAGACAGCUCUCCAACUUGUUUGAAAUGCCGGAAUGCCGUCUGAUGUUCCAUUCUAUCCUUUGAUCUGUUUUCCAUAAAUCUAUCAGAUAAUUGACUGUAAUUUGAUGUAUAUGGUUGAGAACCAGCUUCUCAAUGUUCUCACCACUCAGUUCAAUCAGAAUUUUCUGCAUUAACUACCUAUGAUGUACCCAAACUCUAAGAUAAUAUAUUAAAUUGGGUAUACUAGUGAUUUGCCCCUGAAUUUGUGCUUAACUUUCGAUUCACUCCCUAUUUUUUUUAUUAUAGAAAAUUAAGGAUAUAAAUUUUUUUUUUCGCCAAUUUCCCCUCUACCGUCUAAAUCCUCAACAUUUCAUCUAAUUUUUAGUUAAAUCAUUUUAAUUUUUUUUUUUUGAGAAAAAAA